AUGGCAGCGACUUUCCGGCCCGUGAAUACCCCAAUGAUCAUGGAAACGAAGAACGACGACGCAAUGGCACCGUCAUCGACUACACCGACACCGACCCGCGCCACGUUUGGCCAGCGCCCUCUACCGACCUCGCCGUUUCCCCAGGCUGUGCAGAUACCCGAGAGCAUCGAUGAGAGGAAGCCGCUUCAGAGGGACGACUCUCAUCGUUCGAGGAAGUCAUGCGGAGGUUCCGAGGAUGUGGACAUGGAUGAGUCAGAUGGAGAGGGCCAUGGAGAUGAUGGAGUUGCUUCCGACGACGAGAGUGUAAACGCCGAUGGAACAAGGUCAAACAAGAAGAAGAAAUCGCAACGGUUCUACUGCACAGACUACCCUCCUUGUAACUUGAGUUUUACGAGGAGCGAACACCUGGCAAGACACAUUAGAAAACAUACCGGCGAGCGACCUUUUCAGUGUCACUGCUCAAGGCGCUUUUCGCGUUUAGACAACCUACGACAACACGCACAAACUGUUCAUGUCAACGAGGACAUACCGAUGGACUCUCUGGCUGCGACGGGAACGCGAUUCCAGAGGCAGAUUCGAACGGAUAGGGUGCGCCCGGCCGUUAGAGCGCGGGCCUCGACGUCGGGUAGCAUGGGCACGCCAACCAGAGGACAUGCGAAGUCUCUCUCCACAUCGAGUAUCAGCUCCGUGGGAUCCAACUUGAGCGCUCGCGAUGAACGGCGUCGGCCACCCCCAUUGGUGAUGGCAGACCCUCGGGCGCGACUGUCACUCGAGACUUAUCAGCAUGGCCCCGAAGGCUACAUGUAUCGACCGGCUUCCCCCAGCGACUUCAGCACGCCGACUUCAGCAACGUUUUCGACUGGGCAGAGUAGUCCACGGUGGGGCUCUGGUAUUGCCUCACCAAUCUCAUCCCACUCAAGGUCGCAUAGUCUGUAUGCUGGCAGUAGGACGCCUGGCCGACGGCUUAGUGUACCGUCUGGCGGAAUCCCCUUCCAGUCUCCCCACGGAGCGAGUAUGGGUCGGUUCAUGUUCAGUGUUGGACCCAUGAAUUCGUCGAACCCCGCGACGUACUCACCAGUUGGAAGUGUGAUGGGUUCGCCUACGUCUUCGGCCUUCUCCCGUCGCGAGUCGACCUCUCAUGCAGAAGAUUGGCGCCGCCGUACGUGGCACCCCGACUCGAGCAAUUUCAACACCGCUAGCAUCAGCAGCCGUUUGAGCACCGUCACCACACCAGCCCAAUUCCAAAGUCCAGCCGAAGAAAGGAUAUCAAUGGCCGCACCCGCGCCUCAACAAAGUGUUUCUUUCCGCCUUCCGGGCAUUGAGUCUUUUGGGCCCAUUCCACGUCGCCAGGCUUCGCCACCGAGACGAAUUCCAUCUCCAAUGGUGGUUGACUCGGAUGCGUCCCAUCCACCCGCGUUGCUUCCCACCGCCAAUUCCGGCGAAGCUGAAGAGAAACAGAACUCGGCUGGGUGGGAUAUGGGUCUGCAUCGAGGUCUGACUCGGCUGGAUAUAACGUCCAAUGCCAGCCCACAGGCGGAUACUGCGAGCUCCUGGGCGCGUGAUGCACACCAAGCUGUUGAGGCAGAGGCUGAUCGCGUAAGACUCAACCUACCUACAGUGAGGUUCAACGAACCUGUGAUUAUGGAGAGUGAGGCGUCGCGCGCCAGCAACACUCCCAGGACUUUUCACCAACAUACUAUGUCAGCGCCCUCUUUCGCCGCCAGCUCUCGCGAGAACAAAAGACGGGGGUGGUAUCAAAAUCCCAAUACUGUGCACACCGAUGCGCCUCCGGAGAAGGUGGCCCGUGUGGAACGUAUGGUUCACCCCAAUAUUAACGACUUCUCUGGAUUCCCGGCUAGGCAGAACCCCGAUGUUUCCCCUCAACCUCCUAGGGAGGACAACAGCGGCGAGCAGAAUAACAUGCUCCGAUUGCAAGCUCUUGUAGCCGUUGCUACCAGCGAGGGAAAUGCGACCACUGCGUAUUAG